AUGAAGGUCCAAAUUAUAUCAAAAGAGAUCAUUAAACCUUCAACCCCGACACCUCCACAUCUUAGAAAUUUCAAGCUUUCACUUCUUGAUCAACUUCUUCCUCCAUUUUACAUUCCCAUAGUUAUAUUCUACCCAGCUAACGAUGGACAUAAUAAUCAAAGGAGUAAAGCUAAUAUACUUAAAAAAUCAUUACCAGAAACCCUGACACGAUUCUACCCAAUUGCGGGUCGAAUGGGAGAUAACAUCUCAAUUGAGUGUAAUGACGAAAGCGUUGACUAUAUCGAAGCAAAAGUUAAUGCUGUAAUGUAUGAUUUUAUGAGUGUUGAUGUAGUUCACCAAAUUCACCCGUUACACAUUACGGUAGACGUUGUCGCUAAAGAAGCCCAAUUAGCGGUUCAAGUCAAGUUGUUUGCAUGGGGUGGAAUUGCAAUCAGUAUAUGUUUAUCACAUAAGAUAGCUGAUGGAUGUAUGGUGAUAACAUUUAUAAACAGCUGGGUUGCCACUGCUCAUGUAGCACUCAACCAAGAAAUCGUGUAUCCAACUUUUGAUUCAGCAGCUAUCUUCCCGGCACUACCACCAGAAGUCCAAGUAUCAUCACUUGAAUCGAAUGAUUCCAUCCGAGAGGAAAAUGUGGUUACGAAGUUGUUCCUAUUUAAUGCUUCCAAGAUCAGUGCCGUUCGUGCACGGAUUUCUGCGUCAAGGAGCAGUAACGUGUUGUCAAAAUAUUCGACGCGAAGUGAGGCAAUAUCCGCUUUGGUAUGGAAGUCCUUCAUGGAGACAAAGUCAACGAUAAUCGUCUACAAUGAGAAUCCUCCAGGGUUCAGUGAGACGUUAGAUGGUUUGAUAAGCCAGCUGAGAUUAGGGGUAAGUAUGAUCGACGAUGAAUACAUAGGGAAAUUCCAAGAGGGUGAUGUUGAGUUCAUAAAAGCACUUGAAGAAGCCUCUCAUCAUUCAAAUGGCGAAAAUGCUGAGAAGGUUCAAAUUUGUUGGAUAAGUAGUUUAUAUAGUCUUCCAUUAUAUGAGACUGACUUUGGGUGGGGAAAGCCAUCAUGGUUUGUCUUGAAUACAUUUUCAGAAUUCAAGAACUCUCUUUUUCUGGUGGACGCGAAAUGUGGUGCAGGUAUAGAAGCAUGGGUGAGUUUAGAAGAGGAAGACAUGGUCAUAUUCGAAAAAGAUCAAGAUAUUCUCCAAUAUGCUACACUGUAUACCCCAUUUCUCCGUCAUGGAAACACACUGGAAGAACCGGCCUUGUCGCGUCUUUGA